GGAUUUGUAAACAUCCAUUUCUUCAUUAACUCAAAUUCUAUAAAUAUUGAUUUGAAUUCAUCUUCUUUGAAUCUCGUCGAGUCUCUCAGCUCAGACUCCGAUCGAGAGCUUGAAGACGAAUAAUAAACCAGAGAAGAAGAACGAAGAACGAAGAACGAUAAUGGUGAGAGCUCCUUGCUGUGAGAAAAUGGGGUUGAAGAAGGGGCCUUGGUCUCCUGAAGAAGACAGGAUUUUGACUAACUUUAUUCAGAAUCAUGGCCAUAGCAAUUGGCGAGCUCUUCCUAAGCAAGCUGGUCUUUUACGAUGCGGAAAAAGUUGCAGACUUCGGUGGACAAACUACUUGAAACCUGACAUUAAGCGAGGCAACUUUACUAAGGAAGAAGAAGACGCCAUUAUUAACCUACACGAAUUGCUCGGGAAUAGAUGGUCGGCGAUAGCAGCAAAGUUGCCGGGUCGAACCGACAAUGAAAUCAAGAAUGUUUGGCACACUCACUUGAAGAAAAGACUAGAAAAGAACAUCAAAACAAAAGCUCCCACAUCGGAAAACAAAAGAAAAAAGCAAAUAAAACCAAAAACUUCAUCAGAAUCUUCAUCAUCCAUUGUUAUUAACAUUACAAAUCAAACCCAAAUUGCCAAUUAUUCCUCAAUAACGUCCCCUUCUUCACAACAAUCUUCAAGCUGUGAGAUCUCUUCAUCACUCACAGAUGCUUCCAUGGCUGAAAAUGAGUACUACAGCUACCCGGCCGAGGGCACGGAGGCGAUGCCGGAGGCUCCACCGCCGAUCGACGAGAGCUUUUGGUCCGAGGUGGCUGAGGAUUCGACGAACUCAAAUUCCAUGGAUAAGAGUUAUGGUGAAAGCGUUGUUGAUGAUGACAUGGAAUUUUGGUACAACGUUUUUGUCCAAGCUGGUGGAAUUUCAGAACUGCCAGAAUUUUGAGACAUAUUGGGAA